AUGGAUGGAAGCAACCAUAGUAGAGUCUCUGAGUUCCUGCUCCUUGGGCUGUCAGAGAGUCCUGAGCAUCAGAGGGUCCUGUUUUGGAUGUUUCUGUCCAUGUACCUGGUCACAGUGGUGGGAAAUGUGCUCAUCAUCUUAGCCAUCAGCUUUGAUUCCCACCUGCACACUCCCAUGUACUUCUUCCUGGCCAACCUCUCCUUCACCGACCUCUUCUUCAUCACCAACACAAUCCCCAAGAUGCUGGUGAACCUUCAGUCCCAGAACAAAGCCAUCUCAUACGUGGGGUGUCUGACCCAGCUCUACUUCCUGGUCUCCUUGGUGGCUCUGGACAACCUCAUCCUGGCCACGAUGGCAUAUGACCGCUACGUGGCCAUCUGCCGCCCGCUCCACUACACCAUGGCCAUGAGCCCAAGGGUCUGUAUUUCACUCCUUACCCUGUGCUGGGCACUCUCUGUCCUCUACGGCCUCAUUCACACCCUCCUCAUGACCAACGUGACCUUCUGUGGGUCCCGGAAGAUUCACUAUAUCUUUUGUGAGAUGUAUGUCUUACUGAGACUUGCAUGUUCCAAAACCCAGAUCAAUCACACAGUGCUGAUUGCCACAGGAUCCUUUAUCUUCCUCACCCCCUUUGGGUUCAUGGUCAUGUCCUAUGUCUGGAUUGUCAGAGCGAUCCUCCGAAUACCCUCAGCCUCUAGCAAGUACAAAGCCUUCUCCACCUGUGCCUCCCACUUGGCUGUGGUCUCCCUCUUCUAUGGGACCCUUUGCAUGGUAUAUCUGAAGCCUCUUGACACCUACUCCAUGAAGGACUCAGUAGCCACAGUGAUGUAUGCUGUGGUGACGCCCAUGAUGAACCCUUUCAUCUACAGCCUGAGGAACAAGGACAUACAUGGGGCUCUGGGAAGAUUCUUCAUAGGAAAGUCUUUCAGAGGUUGA